GAUAAAACAUUCAAUUGUCCUUCCCACCAGUUGCUAAAAAUCAUUUGGUGAAGGUGGUUUAUAGUUCCAUAAAUUGUUGAUGUUUUCGUGAAAAAAUUAAAGUCAAAAAUUCAAAAAUUUUGUUCAAAUCAUGGUUUCUGAUUUAAUCGAAAACAUCGUCGUUACUCGAAAUGAAGAAGAGUUUGUGGAAUUAAAAAGUGAUCCAAGUGAUUGUAAUCGUCAAAAAUCCAUCCUUUACGUAUUUCAGCAGCAAUUCGUACGGAUACUUGCAAAUAUGCUGCCACUCACCCACAAAGACAACAGAAGCCUAGGCUAUCGGAUCAAGAAUAAAUUGCACGAUUGGAAGCGACUGAUAUUUUCGGAUAAAAAUUCCAGGAAUUUGUUUCUGUUCUUAUUGCUGAACCUGAGCUUUGCUUUUGUCGAAUUAUUCUAUGGCGUCGUAACAAAUAGUUUAGGUCUUAUAUCGGAUGCAUUUCACAUGUUCUUCGAUUGUACCGGUCUCUUGUUUGGUCUGGCUGCGUCGAUGAUCACGAAAUGGAAGGCCAACGAUAAAUUCUCGUACGGAUAUGUGCGGGCGGAAGUCCUAGUCGGUUUUGGAAACAGUCUGUUCUUGCUGUUUAUUGCCUUUUUCAUUAUGUCCGAGGCGGUCGAAAGGAUUGUCGAACCACCGGAGGUGAAACAUGAGCGCCUGUUCGUCGUGUCCGUGCUGGGAUUCAUAGUGAACUUAAUUGGCAUUUAUGCAUUUCAACAUGGCCACGGACAUUCGCACGGUGGUGGCGGUCAUGGCCAUUCACACGGUGGCGGUGGCAGUCAUGGUCAUUCGCAUGGCGGCAGUAACAGUCAUGGACAUUCCCAUUCCAAUCAUGACGACGAUCAUCAUUCACUAAUCAACAAUCAUGGCCAUUCGCAUGGCCACGAAGACGUUCACUUAACCGGUAGCAAUUCACAAAUUAUGCGCGGCGUUUACUUACACAUCCUUGCCGAUACAUUGGGAUCGCUCGGUGUUAUUGUGUCGGCUGUGCUGAUGCAAAUGUUCGGCUGGAUGCGUGCCGAUCCGAUAUGUUCGAUGUUCAUCGCCAUAUUGGUUGCGCUGAGUGUGUUCGGUCUGAUAAAGGAAUCGAUUGUGAUUCUGCUGCAACGUCAGCCGGCGGCUCUGGAUCGGUCGUUGCCGCAGUGCUAUCAAAAAGUGACAGGGCUGGCUGGUGUGUACAGUGUGCAGGAACCGCAUUUUUGGACGCUGUGCAGUGAUGUCUAUAUAGGUGCAAUUAAAUUGGAAGUGUCGAAAAAUGUCGAUCCGAAAUAUGUGGUGUCGCAUACGCGUAUGAUAUUCGAAGCGAUCGGCGUUAAACAAAUUACAAUUCAGCUGGACUAUGUGUGAUAGAAAGUGAGUUCGUUUCGUGUGUUUAUCUAUUUUGCAGAGAAAAAAAAUUUCUCCUUUUUUUGUUGUUUCAAAUUAGGUUCUAAUUGAUUAGUCUGUUUGUAUUUUGAGAAUUUAAUUUAAUUUAUGAAACACAUUGGAUAACCGAGAAAAGACAUGCAAACGAACCCAACCGAUCGAAUAAAAACAGCCAAGAUAUAGAGGGCACUUUAAAAAAGUUCCAAACAAAUUCCAAGUUAUUCGGUCGUGUUCGUUCUUUUUCGUUUAUUAAAUUGCUUUGUAAAUAAUUCUCCAGGGAGCAUUUUAUUUUUGUAAAAUUUAAUUUAAAAAGAAAGAAAAAAAAUGGGGAAAAAAGUAUUUUGAAUGUAUUCCAUAAGCCUCGGCUACAGUACCCACUGUAUUCGAAAAAAUAAAAAAAUAAAUUAUUGAUUCUACAUGAGAA